AUGUGUACAAAGGGUGUGGGGGAGAAUGUGUACAGACAGUAUGUGAGCGAGUACCAGCCCUCGGACACUCCCUUCGAGAAGGAGACGCAGUACCAGAAGGAUUUCCGCGCCUGGCCCAUCCCCAAGCGGGGCGACCAUCCCUGGAUCCCCAAACCGGGACCUUCCCCCGUGCUGGCCCUGGACCGCGCUCCGCCGGAGAAAGCGGCUCAGGAGAAGCGGCGGAAGGUGCAGCUCGCUCCCGAGAAGAAGGAGGAGCACGCCGAGGCGGAGGAUGAGCAUCCCAAAGCGGCGCGGCCCGGGGAUGGGAGAGACAAGGGUCGGAAGAAGGCGGAGGAGGCGGGCGGGCAGCCGGCCGAGCCGAGCAGGGGCCGGGCUGCUGCCGAUGCUGUCAACAGGCAGAUCAAAGAGGAGGUGGCGGCGGGGGUCAGCUCGUCCUACAGAAAUGAGUUCAGACCCUGGAUAGAUGUCAAGCCCGUGAAAGCGAUAAAAGCAAAGAACCAGUACAAGCCUCCAGAGGAGAAAAUGACCCAUGAAACCAGUUACAGUGCCCAGUUCAAGGGGGAAACCAGCAAGCCUUCUCCAGCUGAUAACAAAUACCUGGAACGCAGGAGGAUACGCACUCUCUACAGCGAGCCCUACAAAGAACCUCCCAAGGUGGAAAAGCCUAGCAUAAAGCCUUCCAAACCAAAAAAGACCACAACAAGCCAUAAACCUCUGAAAAAGGCCAAAGACAAGCAGAUUGCAUCUGGCCGGGCUGCCAAGAAAAAGAGCGCCGAGACCUCCAACACUGCAAAGCCAGAGGAUAAGGAGAAAAGUAAAGAGAGAGAUUGCAGGAUGAGCAUAUCUGUGAGGACUAAGAGGGACUGCAGGGUGGAAAAGCCUAGCAUAAAGCCUUCCAAACCAAAAAAGACCACAACAAGCCAUAAACCUCUGAAAAAGGCCAAAGACAAGCAGAUUGCAUCUGGCCGGGCUGCCAAGAAAAAGAGCGCCGAGACCUCCAACACUGCAAAGCCAGAGGAUAAGGAGAAAAGUAAAGAGAUGAACAAUAAACUGGCUGAGGCAAAAGAGUAA